GAUCACGCUGCCUGCUGCUGCGGUGACAGCUCGUUCGCGCUACCAUGGUUGUGUUAAAAGGAAUACCUUCUCUCUUGUCACCAGAACUUUUGUAUGCUUUGGCAAAAAUGGGGCAUGGCGACGAACUGGUUCUCGCGGAUGCCAACUUCCCGGUGUCCUCCGUGUGCAAGUGCGGACCGAUUGAGAUCAGAGCGGACGGUCUACAGAUCCCGGCGCUAUUGGAAGCUAUUCUGAAGCUUUUCCCUCUGGACACGUACGUGCGGAGCCCGGCGGCCGUGAUGGACCUUGUGGACAGUGACAAGGAGCUCGGUCUAGAGACGCCCGUGUGGACCUCAUACAUACACAUGAUUAAACAGGCCGGCUCACAGGGCGGCUUAGAGACCGUGGAGAGAUUUGCAUUCUAUGAGAGAGCCAAGAAAGCCUUUGCUGUCGUGGCAACGGGGGAGACAGCGCUGUAUGGUAACCUGAUCAUAAAGAAAGGCGUGAUCCCUCCUGGGGAGCAGUGCUGACUCCUCCUCCUGCUCCUCCUGCACCUCCUCCUCCGCUUUGCUGACUCCUCCUCCUCCUCUGCUGUGCUAACAACAUGAUCAACACCUGAGGAGUUAAUUGAACUGGCUGGAAAAUUACAUUUCUACCGACACACACACGCUUCAACGGGAAGAUGACAUUUCUACCGACACACACACGCUUCAACGGGAAGAUGACAUUUCUACUGACACACACACGCUUCAACGGGAAGAUGACAUUUCUACUGACACACACACGCUUCAACGGGAAGAUGACAUUUCUACUGAAACACACACACUUCAACGGGAAGAUGACAUUUCUACUGACACACACACGCUUCAACGGGAAAAUAAUAUUUCUGCUGAAACACACAUUCCUUCAGCUCAGUGGCGGCUGCCAAGGGAAAGGAGACACAUCUGAAACGUUGUGGAGGAGGAGGGAUCACACACACCAAACAAGAAGCAUCACACACACCAAACAACACGCAUCACACAAGACGCAUCACACACACCAAACAAGACCCAUCACACACACCAAACAAGACCCAUCACACACACCAAACAAGACGGAUCACGCACACCAAACAAGAAGCAUCACACACACCAAACAAGACGCAUCACACACACCAAACAACACGCAUCACACAAGACGCAUCACACACACCAAACAAGACCCAUCACACACACCAAACAAGACCCAUCACACACACCAAACAAGACGCAUCACACACACCAAACAAGAAGCAUCACACACACCAAACAAGAAGCAUCACACACACCAAACAAGACGCAUCUGAAACGUUGUGGUGGAGGCAUCACACUGCGAUCUCUCGCUGUAACCAAACCCUCGGCGCUCUCGUGUUCCGAUGUAAUCGCCCCGUGAAGUGUGUGUGUGUGUGUGUGUGGGUGUGUGUGUCCGUGUUCUCUCCCGCGGGAAUGAUGGCAGUGUGGGAAGUGAAUUAAUGAGCAUGUUAAGUAGCGGGAUUUAUGGCUGACUAUGGAUCCAUGGGAGCAGCCUUAAGGGGAGGGCGCAAAUCAAAGCCAGAUCCGGACCGCACCGCACCAAAGCAGCAGACGCCAAACAUGGUCAGCAGCUCUCGGACACUAAUGGGGUUCCUGCAUACGCACCCCCACUGACCGCUCCGCUAGCUAACCCGUGUGAACCCCUCAAGCUUCAUCUCCAUAAUCUGUGGACGUUUAAAAGAUGUCAUUGACCACAUUGAUUGUAAAGUCUUUUUUUUAUUAUUAUUAUUGAUCUUUCAGUUGAUAUCAUGUACAGUAUGUGUUUUUUCACACUUUGGUUAUCAGAGUUUAAUCAGUCAAGAGUUUAAUGGCUGCAGGGCAUGAUUGACAUAAAUCAUUUUUCAUUA